UUCGUUUUUAUCCAUUCAUAAAAUUCUGAAUAUGGUGAAUAUAAAAUUUGAGGUCAAACUCCAGUCUAUUGACAAUCGUUUCAGAACGCACUCACUGAAUUUGUAAACAUUCCCAAGUGUCAUAGUUCUUGAUUGUUUACCGCAGAAGCCAAGCCGUUGAAUUUAAUUCCUUAAUUUUUAAGAGAAAAUUCUAUUUAGUUACUAAAAUGCGUAUCGCAAUAGAAGGCUGUGCCCAUGGCGAACUGGAGAAAAUAUAUAAUACAAUUGAAUCCAUCGAGAAACACGAGAAUUACAAGAUUGACUUGUUGAUAUGCUGCGGCGACUUUCAAGCUACUCGAAAUUUAGAGGAUUUGCAAACGAUGGCAGUGCCGAAGAAGUAUCAGGAUAUAUGUACAUUUUAUAAAUAUUACAGCGGCGAGAAAAUUGCGCCUGUUCUGACCAUUUUCAUUGGAGGUAACCACGAAGCUUCCAAUUAUUUGCAGGAGCUACCAUACGGCGGCUGGGUUGCUCCAAAGAUUUACUAUUUAGGCUAUGCUGGUGUAGUGCGAGUGAAUGGUAUACGAAUUGCUGGUAUAUCAGGGAUAUACAAAGGCUAUGAUUACUACCGCGGUCACCAUGAAUUUUCCCCGUACGACGAAAGCACUCGCAAAAGUGUAUACCACACAAGGCAGCUGGAGGUGUUUCGUUUGAGGCAACUUUCAGACGAUAUUGAUGUAUUCAUAUCGCACGAUUGGCCACGCGGGAUUCACAACUACGGUAACCACGAGCAGCUUGUUCGCUUCAAGCCUCACUUCAGGGAAGACAUUGAGCAGGACCAACUGGGCAGUCCGCCUUUGGGGGAACUUCUGAAUUCAUUGCAACCCACGUAUUGGUUCGCAGCACAUUUACAUUGCAAGUUUGCAGCGCUUGUGCCCCACGAAGAUACCGGAAAAGUUACAAAAUUCCUAGCUUUGGACAAAUGUCUACCAAAACGGCGUUUUCUUCAAGUAUUAGAACUAGAAUCCGAUUGUCCGGACGAUGGUGAUUUGGUAUUCGAAUAUGAUUUGGAAUGGCUGACAAUUUUGCACAUUACAAAUCACUUGGUACACGUGAAAAACAGUUCGAACUACAUGCCGGGCCCGAACGGGUCAGGACGCUAUAAUUUCACCCCCACGGACGAGGAAAAGGAGCAUGUAAGGAAUAAGUUGGACUGCGAUCUGAAAAUCCCAGAUAAUUUCUGUCGCACGGUGGAACCGUACAAUAUUCAAAAGAACUUGGAUGUUUCGAUGGAUUUUGAGCAGCCGAAGUCACAGAUUAAUCCGCAAACAAUGAGUUUCUGCGACCGAUUAGGUAUUGAUGAUCCGCUUAGUCUGGCCAUGGUGAUGAACGGACAUGAGUUGAGUCACUCAAGAUCCUUUGAUGACAGUUUGAAUGAUUCCAGCGUUCUGAUGGACAGUUCGGAACAGUUGGAUUGCAGCGUUAAUAGCAGUCAGUGCAGUCCAUUGAAGAGAAUAUCUUUAUUAUCGAUGCUGCCUAAACCUAGAGCGGACGAUUCGAAUCCCGAUGAGUUGGAUAUCGAUGGUGAAAAGCCUGUGAGAACAGAAGUGAUCGAUAGCUCCGGUAAGGUUGAAUCUGGACCCGCGGACGACGAGGAAAGACAGCCGGACAUCACUCCGCCAGUAAAGAAGUUCAAAAGGAGAAAUCAAAGCAUUUAUAAUGCGGCUGACGAGGAUGAAUAAGGGAGAAUUAUUUUAUUGUAUGGACUUUCAUUUUUAUGGAAAUUGGUAGAUCACUUUACGGUUUUCGGCAUCUUGAAGAGCCAAAUUGGUUUUGUAUAUAAUAAUCUGUAUCAUGGUUUCAAAUAAAAGUUUUAAAUAGAGAA